UCUUAUCGAUGGCGGUUCUGAUAUCGUUUAGGACCUUGAGCGUGGUUGACGUGCACCCAUGACCAGCUCUGAAACCAGAUUGCAUAGCGGAGAAGGCACGGUGGGAUUCGCAAUGAGCUUGUGGACAAAUGUAUAGGUUCCCGAAUCCAUAUAGUCAUGAAAAACGACAAAGAAAUUGUCGGCACCCUAUUGGGUUUCGAUGAUUUUGUCAACAUGGUGUUGGAGGACGUGACAGAAUUUGAAAUCACUCCGGAGGGAAGAAGGAUAACCAAACUGGACCAGAUCCUACUCAACGGCAACAACAUCACCAUGCUCAUACCUGGAGGCGAAGGGCCUGAAGUAUGAAAAAAGAAGCAGAGUUUUUAUCUGAAACAUUUUAUGUUCUUGUGGAUGUAUACUUGCCUUCCCAUCAGUACUUACUUUAGCCAGUUUGUGAUAAUGUUAUAUUUUGGGUUCUUUCUUUCAGUUUUGAGAAGAUUUUUGUAACAAGUGUUUUCCCUAAUGAAGCCUUGAUAAUGUGUGUACAGAGCAACAGGUGGUUUGACCUUUGACAUGUAAACCAUUUCUACCAUGUAGUGGAACUACACAUUUUUUCUUAUAAAUAAAUAACAGAAAAGUGUCAUUGGAAAUAAA